AUGACGACGCACGCCGUCGUCGGCGUCGGCGGCGGCGUCGACGCGCGCGACGCGAAGCGCCCGAAGCUCGAGGGCGGCGGCGGCGGCGGCGGCGGCGGCGCGCGCGCGGACGCCGCCGUCGCGGCGACGUGGGAUCCGACGGCGGGCGCCCCGGGAAUCGCCGCGCGACGACCGUCCGACGACGCAAAGCUCGAGCGCGCCGCGCGCCUGUACGCGCCGCUGCCGCUCUGCCCGCGCGCGCGCGCGUCGAUCCCGCCGCCGCGCCGCGCCGCCGCGACCGCGUCGCUCCCCGGGAGCCCCAUCGACGACGCGUCGCGAACGCGAACGACGCGCGCGCGCGGCGUUCUCUCCUCCUACGCGAUCCCCGCGUCGGUCGACGCCGCGGCGUCCAACCCGCGCGGCGCGCACACGGACGACGAGGACGAGUCCGACGUCGUCGCGCGCGGGCGCGCGUGCGCGAGCGCGCUGCACGCGAUGCCGUGCGUCGAGCUCGCGCGCUCGACGCACGCGCAGCUGAUGACGGCGGCGCGCGCGUCGUGCGGCGGCGGCGGCGGCGACGAAGUCGACGGAUGCGUCCCGCUGGUGCGGCCGCUGCUCCUCGCGCACGCCGCCGCGGACGCGACGACGCUGCGCGACCGCGCGGUGGACGACCGCAGGACGCAAGCGAAGCGGCGAGAGAAGGAGCAGAAGAAAGCCGGCGGCGGCGCCGCCGCGCAUCGCGACGGCGCUCAACACGGCGGGAGAGGAGGGAGGGGCGGCGCGGGGCGGGGGCGAGGAGGGAGAGGGAGAGGGAGACGGCCGCAGAGGGAGCGAGAGUCGGGGGCGGGGUUGUACGCGAGGGCGUACGGGGGGCGGAAGCGCGAGAGGUUGGAGCCGGAGCCGGAGCCGCCGGCGGCGGCGGCGGAAGGCGAAGGGGAGGGCGAGGGCGGGGGCGUGGAGGAGGAGGAGGAGGAGGAGGAGGAGGAGGUCGAAGAAGAAAAUGACGUCAUCGACAUCUCCGACGACGGCGACGACGACGACCGCGAGAACGACCCGGACGCGAGCUCGGAUCACGGCACCGUGGACAUUAGCACCGACGAGGACGAGGACGUUUGA